GAUCUCUCAUUAUAAACUUUAUUUCGCAAUGUAUUUGUUACAACUGAGGAAAACCGGCCGCAUUUAAAGUUAGAAAUUCCGAGAGGUCACGGGAACUUGGCAACCACAGUGGCUAGCAAGACUGGUCGUCAUAGCUUUCAAUCUAGAUAGCACCAGUGUUUUGAUGACCCACGACGAAGAGAAGCUAUUGAACGUUAACCUUGUACAAGAUAGCUAUCCGCUGGCUUUAAAAUGACAAGUAUCAUCUUAGUAUGAAUCAAGCUCGCUAACACCUUGUAGUUAAUUCAUUUCCAAAUGUGAAUGAGGUCGCAAGCAUACAGGCGUCUACGAUCAUAAAUACCGAGCUACGGUAAGGAUGCCAGGAAAAUCGGCGAAGACUGUCAAGGUCUAAGCCAGAGGCUCCGCAUUCUGGGAUGUCCAAGAAUGGAUACUUCUUCCAGGAGAUGGAGUUGCGGGAAGGGGAGCAGGACGACGGCUGUGAGAGCAGAGAGGAGGGGCAGGACUCGCCCAUCGCCUGUGCCGACGACAUCCAUCUCUACGGCAACCAGAUACACCCAGCUUCAGAAUCAGACGACUCAGGAUGCGUCUUGCUGAACACUUCAAGAAAAUAUGUAAAGCUGAUGAACUUCGAGGAGGAGGUGCGGGCGCACCGGGACCUGGACGGCUUCCUGGCGCGGGCCAGCAUCCUGCUGGACGAGACGGCCGCCUCGCUGGACGACGUGCUGAAGAGGAUGCUGCGGCACGUGGGCCAGGACCGCCACACCGCCGAGCCCAGCUGCAACUUCGAGGAGAUCAUGAGCAUGCUGUUCACCGACGCCGGCACCCAGGAGGUCACCGACCACUAUCACAAUUUCGCUUUCUCAGACGACGUGCACCUGCUCUCCGAGACGAUCCAGGGGGUCACUGCCACGGCAACGGGAGUCCAAUACCAGCAGUCCUGGCUCUGUAUCCUCUGCAAUGUGAAGAGCCUGCAGAGGCGGCACGUGUGCAUCUCCCGUCUGGAGCGGCCGCAGAACUGGGGGGAGAACUGCUGCGAAGUGCGCUACAUCAUCCUGGUCCUGGCCCCGCACAAAAUGAAAAGCACAAAGACGGCGAUGGAGCUGGGCCGGACCUUCGCCACCAUGUUCUCCGACAUCGCCUUCCGGCAGAAGCUCCUGGAGACCAAGACCCAGGAGGAGUUCAAGGAGGCCCUGGUGAUGCAGCGCCACCAGCUGACGGAGGCCAAUCAGAAGCCCACGGCCGUGGAGGAGGAGACCGACCCUCACAGCAAUAAGCCGCUCCUGUGUAAGGACUUCCUGAAGGCGGGCCGGGGGAUAUACGAGGACCUGUGCCGUCGGCUGCCGCUCUACCCCUCAGACUUCACCGACGGUAUCGUGGGGAGUAACAAGACCCUGCUGAAGUACCUCACCACCGCCAUCUUCCUCUACAUCGCCAUCCUCCUGCCCGCCAUCGCCUUCGGCUCGCUGAACGAUGAGAGCACGCGGGGCGAGAUUGACGUCCAGAAGACCAUCAUCGGCCAGAGCAUCGGAGGGGUCAUCUACUCCCUGUGUGCGGGGUCCCCGCUGGUCAUCCCCCUGACCACCGCGCCCCUCGCCAUCUUCAUCAGCGUGAUCCGGGGCAUAUGUGAUGACUACGACCUGGACUUUGCGGCCUUCUACGCUUGCAUUGGCCUGUGGAACAGCCUCUUCCUCAUCCUGGGAGGAGUCUUCAACGUCAGCCUCCUCAUGAAGCUCUUCAAACGGUCCACAGAGGAGGUGAUCGCUCUGUUCAUCUCUAUCGCCUUCGUGGGGGACGCGGUGAAGGGCACUGUCAAGAUUUUCCAUAGGUGUUACCACACGCCGGUGGGGCUGGGGAACGGCAGCGUGGGGGAGCUGCCCCGCGUGCAGGAGGCGCUGCUGCAGGGAGCCAAUGAAACGCACAACUCCACUGGGGGCGGAGCCUUCUCCCUGCACGAGGCCGUCAUCCAGUGCACCCGCGACCAGCCCGUCCUCUGCCUGCUGCUCACCCUGGGCACCCUGUGGCUCGGGUACACCCUCUACCAGUUCAAAAGGAGCCCCUUCCUCCAUGCCAAAAUCCGAGAGGUGUUGUCGGACUGCGCCCUGCCCAUCUCGGUUCUCAUGUUCUCCUUCAUCGGCUCCUACCUGUUCAGAGACAUCUCGCUCCCCGUGUUCAACUUCCACAACGGGCCCAUGUUCACCGUGGCACCCUUCGAGAGGCUGUCGGGCAUGAACAUCCUGAGCGCCAUGGGGCUGGGCUUCCUCCUGGCGCUGCUCAUCUUCAUCGACCAGAACAUCGUGGUGUCGCUGACCAAUGCCCCAGAGAACAGGUUACUGAAGGGCACGGCGUAUCACUGGGACCUGAUGCUCUCGGGCUUCAUUAACAUCCUGAUGUCAGUGCUGGGGUUGCCAUGGAUGCACGCGGCCUUCCCCCACUCCACGCUGCACGUGCGCCAGCUGGCCUGCGUGGAGCAGCGCGUCGAGGGCGGGCACCUCUACGAGACGAUUGUGAGUGUGAAGGAGACUCGGCUGACCUCUCUGGCGGCUAACAUCUUUAUCGGGGUGUCGGUGCUACUGCUGCCCGUCCCGCUGCAGUGGAUCCCCAAACCCGUGCUGUACGGCCUCUUCCUCUACAUCGCCCUCACCUCCAUCGACGGGAACCAGAUGUGUGACCGCAUGGCCCUGCUGCUCAAAGAGCAGACCUCCUACCCUCCCACCCACUAUAUCCGGAAGGUUCCUCAGAGGAAGAUCCACUACUUCACGGCCCUGCAGAUGAUGCAGCUGCUGAUCCUGUGUGCGUUCGGCAUGUACCCCCUGCCCUACAUGAAGAUGAUCUUCCCCUUGCUGAUGAUUCUGCUCAUACCCAUCAGGAACUCCCUCCUGCCCAGGAUCAUCGAGGCCAAGUACCUGGACAUCAUAGACUCCCAGCACAUGUGAAAGGAAGCGCAGGCCUCAGCUUACGAGUGCCAGCCAGGAAGCCACGCAUCCCUUUCCCCCGCGGGCAGCCGUGGGGAGCCGCGGGCCUCCAGCGUGAGGCUGAGCCUGGAGCCCGGCGGAUUCCUGGCUGCAGCGUCCUUCCUCUGUCUGUCCUCCACCCCUCUGCCUAACGGCUGACCCUAACCCCCACCCCUCUGCCUAACGGCUGACCCUAACCCCCACCCCUCUGC